UUCGAUGUUUACUACUUUAGGCGCUGCAUUUCGUCAAAUGUCGUAUUAUUUGCCUUGGAAAUGGAGGAUUUAGUUAAAUCCAACGACCAAAAACUUGUGAACGAAGGAGCUUCAACUUCUUUCGGUAAUCGCCAUGCAGACGAUAGCAAUUGGAGUGAAUUUUGCGAUGAAUCCGUGAUCAAGCUCUUGGACGAGCCAUUCGAGGCGGAAAUGGACCACUUGAACCUCCGCAAUGAUGAGAACUAUCGAGGAUUCGAUAACAAUGCCGGCUCGACUUGGAUCUACCCGAACAAUUAUCCAAUCAGACAGUAUCAGUUCAAUAUAACGCGGGCCGCGCUGUUCAAGAACACUUUGGUGGUGCUUCCGACUGGACUCGGGAAGACAUUCAUAGCGGCCGUCGUCAUGUACAAUAUCUACCGCUGGUAUCCGAGGGGGAAGGUAAUCUUCAUGGCACCGACUAAGCCGUUAGUGUCACAACAGAUUGAGGCUUGUAGGAAAAUUACUGGGAUCCCAAUGAAAGAUACUGCGGAGAUCACAGGAAAGCAAAACAAAAAAGCGCGCCGGGACCUGUGGCAGAACAAGCGGGUGUUCUUCGCGACUCCACAUGUUGUCCAGAACGAUGUAAACGACGCUGAGCAGGAUUUUCCUUUUCACGAUGUUCGCCUUAUUGUUGUCGACGAGGCUCACAAGGCGAAAGGUCACUAUGCCCACGCCGAAGCUGUUCGAUCGAUCGCUUCCAGGAACUCAAAUUUUCGGAUUCUGGCUUUGUCCGCCACGCCUGGACGAUCUGUGGAGGAUGUGAUCGAAGUCGUCAAAAAUCUGUCCAUUGCACAUUUGGAAAUUCGCUGGGAUAACUCCCUGGACGUCAUCCCUUAUACUCAUCGAAAGAACAUAAAAACCGUGGUGGUCCCGCUGGGCACAGAUUUAACACAAAUCCGUAACGAGUUCAUCGAUGUAAUCGACCCAUACAUCCGCUUCCUCAUUGAAAAUAAAGUAAUCUCUGGAGCAAUGGGAACAAUUUCGCGUGGAUCUUUGAUCAUGGAACAGAAGCGAUUCCGCGAGAUGUCCCUGACACACAAGCACCAGAACGAGUCCCAAGUGAGAACCAAUUUUUCAAUUUGCAUCAGCCUCUACCACGCGUUGGAGCUGCUGGAGAGGCAUGGUACGCGCGUGUUCUUGAAUUUCUUCGACGAUCCCUCGAAUGAAGUGUCGCACCGUUAUUAUGUCGCGACCAAUCCCCAGCUUAGGCAGUUUCUUCAGAAGUUGAGAGUUUAUAUGGGACCGAAUCCGUUUUUGGUGAACGACCAGACUAUGACCAACGGGAAAAUACCUGAGAUUCCAGCCGAUUUGGAUUUUGGGCAUCCAAAGUUUAUGAUGACGAAGGAACGGGUGGUGGAGCAUUUUGAGAAAAAUGAGGAUUCGAAGGCGAUUAUAUUUUGCGAGUAUCGAGAGUCGGUAGUGCUGAUGUACAGAGCGUUGUUGCAGAGCAGACCGCUCGUUAAGCCGCAAGUGUUUGUUGGUCAGGGUGGUACUGGUUCAAUCCGCGCGGUUACCCAAAAGCAACAACUUGAAGUCAUGGAGCAGUUUCGCUCGGGUGUUUGUAAUACUUUAGUGGCAACAUCGGUAGCAGAAGAGGGGAUCGAUAUUGGUGAAGUAGAUCUGAUUAUUUGCUUCGAUAUCAGCACAAAAAAUCCAACAAGAUUCAUUCAACGUAUUGGACGGACUGGCCGUCGACGUCAAGGCAGCAUAAUAAUGAUGGUCACCGAAGGGAAGGAACAUUCUAUAAUGAAGGAAGUGUUGCAGUCUAAGGACAAAUUGAACCAAAGAGUUGUCAAAAGUUCGGAAGUCGCCAGAACAUUAUGCAGAACUUCGCCCAGGAUAGUUCCUCCUGAAUUCAAUCCAAAGUGCCUUGAGAUGUUUAUGGUAACGAACGACGAUGAGAGUAAAGACGACGAACAGUCGUCUGCCAAAAAAGCAAAGACUACCAAAUCUCCGAAGCGAGGUAAAGGCAAGGAUAAGGUAUCUAAAAAGUUAGCUACAGCUUCGCUGAGUCAGAAGAGCGACAUGCGACACUUUUUCAAAAAAGUUGAAUUGGAUGAGGAUGAGAAGGAAAUCUUUUGUACGAUAAAGCCUGAAACUAGUAAGAAAUCAUUUUCUGAAUUGAAUGUUAGCGAUCCAGGGCCUAGCAGACUUGACUAUCUUAUUAAACAAUUCGAGAAGUUUAAAAAGAUGCCUAUCGUAACUGAAAAUAUCGGCAUGGAGACAUUGUUGCGGAAAACUAAAAUUGCGACUCCAAUAAAACAAUUUGUGCUCAGGCACAACGUGAAUUAUGUAAAGGAGAAAUUUGAAGCUCAACAAGCUCUGAAUGCCGCUCAAGAUGGCGAAGUCUAUGUUUUAGGCGAUGAUGAGCUGAAACUUGAAACGGAACUGGCAGCAAUUGAAAAAGUUGUUGGUAAGGGAAUGGUUGAGGAGUUUAUUAAGGAAAAUGAAGUUAAGGAAGAUACCAAAAAUAAGCUUGAUAAGAAAUUUGAUUAUAUUUUUGAGGGUCUUGAAAAGAGGUCGUUUACAGAUAAUGUUGACGAUUUUUUAAGUCAGAAAAUGGAUGAGAUUCGUAAGAAUGAGAAUUGUAAUUCUCAGGAUGAGUCGCCCCAAGAAUAUGUGGAUAGUGAUCUUGAAACAUAUUCUGGGGAUCGGCAAAUGUCUCCAACUAACAAUCCUGAAGAAUAUGAAGAUGUUGUAGUUGAGCACGAGUCGCGUUAUUUGAGCCAAAUCAUUGAGCUAGAUCGAAACAGAAUUAGCGACCAGUCAACUCCGAUAAGACCGGCAGCAAGGUCUACUUUCAACGGCGAUAGUUUGCAAGCGAAAGAACUAUUUGCUAUUGAUGGAUUUGAUGAUAGUGAUCCGUUUGGAAUUCUGACAUCACAACGAAAGGAAGAUAUCUCAAAGGUUAAUCAUGAUCCCGAGGCGACGAAGAUCAAGGACACAGGCCAAGAUGUAGCAAAAAAGAGCGAUUGUGAUAUGUUUGAUGAUGAUUUCGAUGAUUUCUUUGUUAAUUCGAAACUCGACACAGAUGUUGAGCAUCUGGAAAAACAGCGCUCCGCUUCUGUUAUCGAUCGGACAGACCUUGCAGAGCACGUCGUUAAAAAUAGUCCUUUGUGUGAAAUUGUAGAAAAUGGGCAGAGAGGAACGACAAAUGGAGGCGAGAAUAAAAUCAGUUCCCCAGAAAAAGAUUCAGAUAAAACAUUAUCGCAGCAAGGAGUUGAAGAUUUUGAUUACACCGACUUUUUCGAACCAUUUGAUGGCGACGAUGUGGCUGCAGUGGAAGAAAAUAUGAGGCUGAAAGAGAAACAGAUUAACAAAUCGACCAACAUCUUUGAUGGCUCAUUUUUGGGGAAAAAUAUAAACGAAAAUUUGAAAUCUUCUCCAACAAUUCCAAGACAGAAGUCAGCUGAACUGUUUAGCUCCAACGAGAGGACCCUUCCACCUUUAAUUCCUAAUCAGGCGGCCAUUUUGAAUAAGUACAAUUCACCCCCGAGGGUAUCUCCUUUGAAAAAACCUGAGAUUUCACCAUCCGUACUCACCAGAGGAGUAGACUUGAAGCGGUUGCGGCUAACUGGGUCAGUGGGGGGUUCGAGCAGUAUGUUGUUCUCUAAACCUGCACCGGUCGUGGCAAAGUCUCCAGAGAAAAUUAAUGGACACGAAAGAAGUCUGGGUCAUUCGAUUAUGCCAAGCCAGGCAGAUAGUCCGAUUGUCAUGCAGAGGAAAGCAAAGCGGGUUAUCGAUAGUGAUUCCGAUAUCGAAGAGCUGCCAAAUAGUCAAACGGAGGCACCAUCAAUUUCAAUAAGCAGACAAAUUGCGAAACGACGGCGGCGAUGUCAAUUUAUUGACGACGAAGCGGCUGUUAGCGGGGAUGAAGACGACACUGAACAAAACAUGGAGAAUUCACAGUUUUCUCAAAUGCAACUGGAUUCAAUAGUCGUCAUUGAUGAUGAUGUGGAUGAUCAUCCUGACGUAGACAUGAGAGCGAGAUAUCUGCAGUCCGUUAGGAGCCCCAACAAACGACCAUUCAAGAUCCCCGCCCCGCGAGUUUACAAUGACAUGUCAAGGAUAUUUUCCCAAGCCGUUCCUCGCUAUGAGGGUGACAGUGUUUACAAGGAAGAUUCGUUUGUGAUUUCGUCUGAUGAAGAAGUUGUUGAGGAGCCAAUGUCACAAGAGUGUCCUUUAGAACGAGCUGAGGCGAUUUUGAAAGCAAGGAGGCGCGCAAAACGUAAAAAUAAGAACAAUGGGAACUUUGAGGUAAAGAGAAGAAACGCGCGAAAAAAUCGAAUCCUUGAAAAUUCCUCGGAUGAGGAGGAUGCUUAAUAGGAGCUCUUUUAGAUGCACAUGAAGGCUGUGAUUUUAUAGAAGUAGUUUGUCUUAUGAUGUAAAUUGCUGGAUGAUUGAGAAAAAUAAAUCAUUUAU